CCGGGUCACAUUUACCCCGCAGCUCGCUCGGAAGGAGGAGGAAGGCACUUAGAUCAGGACUUCCCCUUCAGCUGCCUGGAGGUGGUACGACCUGGGCAGUAGUGAGAGCACCAAGAUGGCGGCUGCUCAGACUGUCCUUCACCUGGCCUUUCUAGCAUGGAAUGUGUUUGGGGUCUGGCAAAAUCUGGAGGUGACAGGCUCAGAGCUGAGCCAUGGGGCCCACACCUAUGGAGGCAGGUGGAAAUACCUCACUUUCAUUAACCAGGUGCUGCAGACCGUGUUUUUUGGGGUGUGUGUUCUUGCCGACCUGGGCCAAUUAUUUCUGUCCAGUAAGAACGGAAUGUGUUCCGGCCUGGUGAAGAUCAGAGAUUACCUGUUUGCCGUGCUGGCGUUCCCCAUUGGCGUGUUUGUAGUGUUCUCCUUCUGGAGUAUUUAUGCUUAUGAUCGGGAACUCGUUUACCCCAAGGUGCUGGACAGUUUCAUUCCCCCUUGGCUCAAUCACAUCAUGCACACGUUUGUCCUUCCGCUGCUUCUGGUCGAGCUGUUUGUCUGUUCCCACCAGUAUCCCAGCAAGAAACGGGGGCUUCUAGGUCUUGGCAUUUGUUGUCUUGCAUACUUAUCGUGGAUUCUGUGGGUGCAUCACGCGUCCGGUAUCUGGGUUUAUCCAAUCCUACAAAAGCUGGAUGCAGUGGGAUUGAUGGUUUUUCUUGCAGCGUCCGUUAUCAUCACCGUCCCUUUUUACCAGAUGGGGGAGUCUUUGACUAGGUUACGUUGGGGCGGCGCGAAAAAUACCAAGAAAAAGAAGGUGAAGUAAAAA